AUGAAGUUCCUUCCCAAGACGGAGUGGGAGCUGCCGGGCCUGGAGAGUUUGCCAAAGGGCUGGAAGACAUACCUACCUGGUCAUGGUAAGCUGUCGUUCUCGCCUGUGAAUCUCAACGAUGCGUGCGUGCUCACACCCGCGUGGUUUGGUGGCAUCGCUACGCUCUUUGUGGUACUUCUUACCAUCGAGGCUUCGGAGUCCACCUCCGCCGGUGUGGUGGCUGGCUUGGUCAUGGCAAUCAUCCCAGCUCACAUGAUGCGAUCCAGCGCCGGGGAGUACGACAACGAAGCUGUGGCCGUCGCUUGCUUUUGUGCCACCUUCUGGCUGUGGUGCCGCUCCGUCAGGACCUCUCGCUCCUGGCCCUGGGCGCUUCUGGCCGGCUUGGCAUACUUCACCGCAGCGGCGACCUGGGGCGGAUACAUUUUCGUCAACAACAUGAUAGGUCUGCAUGCUGCUGUGCUGGUGGCACUGGGUAAGUACAACUCGGGAUUGUACAGAGCCUACACGCUUUGGUACGUUGUGGGCACUUCACUGGCCACGUUUAUUCCGGUCAUCGGUUGGACUCCACUCCGGGCCACUGAGCAGAUGCCUUCCCUACUCGUCUUCAUCGUGUUCCAGCUGCUGGAGGCUUGCGACCUGAUUCGGCGUCGCAUGCCCCGUCUUGAGCACCCCUGGAAGUUCUUCGCCUUCCGCACGGCCGUGUUCACCUCCGCCGUUUUGGCGGGAGCUGCAGUUUGCUGGACACUGUAUAGUUUGGGCCACUUCGCACCCCUGGGUGCCCGCAUCCGCGGGCUGUUCCUGAAGCACAAGAAAACCGGGAAUCCAUUGGUGGACUCAGUGGCCGAGCAUUCGGCCACCAGCGCUCAAGCAUAUGAGCAGUAUCUCGGCGAUGCGCGAUGGGUGGCAGCCGUUGGCAUGCUUUUCUGCUGGCAUCAACGCACACCUGCAAAGUUCUUCCCAGUGAUUUAUGCGAUCGUUGCUUACCAUUUUUCUGGCAAAAUGUCCAGACUGAUGAUCAUUUGCGGGCCCAUUGUGUCAAUGCUGGCCGGGUACCCCAUCGGAAUCGUAGUGGACUGGUGCAUGCAGCAAUUCCUGGACGCGUUGUGCCCCACGCCACAAGUCCCAGCAGAGAAGGUGGUGCGAUCUGGAGGCAUGGGCUCCAUCUACCGCUUCCUGUGGAAGGGUUUCGAGCCGCUGGCAUCCCCUUCCGAGGUGAAGGACUUGCUCCAGCUCGCCGAAGGCGUGCAGGAGAGGUUCCCCAUGCCUUGCAGGGCGACGAGAUGCAGUAUCGCAGUUCUUGUCCUGGUUACGGGGUAUCUCAAUAUCCGCGAGCCAGCUAAGAAGUUCAUAGAGCAGUGUGAGGGAAUCGCUCCACACAUGGGUCAUCCAUCAAUCGUCUUCAAAAGCCGCCAGGGGCUGAUCACAGACUACUUGGACGGCUACAAGUGGCUCAAGGCAAACACGCCCCAAGACGCGCGCGUGAUGGCUUGGUGGGACUACGGUUAUCAGAUCACUGGCAUCGGAAAUCGCACAUCUAUCGCCGACGGCAACACGUGGAAUCAUGAGCACAUUGCUACCUUGGGUCGAACUUUAACGAAUCCUGAAAGGAAAGCGCAUAACAUCAUGAAGCAUCUUGCGGACUAUGUUUUGGUUUGGGCUGGAGGGCAUGGCGACGACAUGGGCAAGUCGCCGCAUCUUGCUCGCAUCGCCAACUCCGUGUUCCCAGAUGUGUGUGGCGAGGAUGACCCAACCUGCAGGAAGUUUGGCUUCUACUCUGGGGGCAAGCCAACAGACAUGAUGGCCGCUUCCUUCUUGUACAAGGCCGUAAAGCACAAUCUGGAGGAUGGAGUGAAACUGGAUCCCAAGCUAUUUAAAGAGGUGCAUACUACCAAGUUCGGCUUGAUGCGCAUUUUCAAGGUCUUGAACGUGUCAGAGGAGUCCAAGAACUGGGUGGCGGAUCCUUCCAACCGGAAGUGCGAUGCCCCGGGAAGUUGGUAUUGUGUUGGCCAGUACCCUCCAGCAUUAAGCAAGCUCAUUGCCAAGCGGAAAAACUUUGCGCAGCUGGAGGAUUUCAACCGGAAGGAUGGAGAGAAGAGUGCCUAUACUCGAAUGGUGGAGGAGAAGAUGAAGCAGGAAGAAGCCGGCUGGGACGACCAUAUCUGA